CCCAGAUCUCUACAUCGAGUAGAGGCUCAGAAAAAAGGGCUGCCUGAAUAGUAUAGAAAAACUUCUCGCGGACACAGAAGCAACUUCCAGCCCUUAUCAAAAUUAAAGAUUACAGUGAAAUGCAAAAAAAAGAUUUAUGCAAAAAUGGGAGAGUUUAAAUCAAAAGCUGAGCAAGCAAUCCAAGCUGGAGAACAGUUUUGUGAUCUUUACUAUGACAUAUUUGACAACAAAAGACAUCAAAUUUCAAGACUUUAUACAGCAUCAUCAGUCUUGAUUUGGAAUGGGAAUCCUAAUCACGGUGAAACAAAAAUUAUUGAAUUUGUAACCAACUUGCCAAACACUAAGCAUAUUAUCCAGUCCCUAGAUUGUCAACCUAUUCUAGAUGUUGUAACACCGAACCAGACCACAAUUUUGGUAACUGCAGAAGGGACAGUGUCUUUUGGCGAUGGAAGACCAGAAUAUUUCAAUCAAAAUUUCAUGUUGACAGCAUUAGACAAUGUUUGGAAAAUUGCUAGUGACUGCUUUAGAUACAUUGAUAGAUAAUUCCAUUGCAUUAAUGUUUAUACGUUUUUAACAGAUGCUCCUUCUACAAACAUAUGUUAAUCUUGUGAAUUCUGCUAGACUAAGAUCCUGAUGAUAUUUCUUCUGUUUUUAAGCUACGUUUAUUCCCAGGAAUACUUUCCAGAAGGCUGCUAGUUCUGGUAUGCAUUUAUUAAUAGUAGACACAAAUAUAAAAUCUUGAGCGGCUUACACCUAAAUUAUUUAAAGCUGUCAACUUUUCAAAGUCUUUGUUUGGUUUGCAGGGUUUUUAAACUUUUAGCUUCUCUUGAGAUCAACUUUAAUAGGAGUAACAGUAAUAGAUGGUCCGAGCCAAAACUGUUAUAUUUUUUGUUUGAAAUUUCAUGCCGGUUGUCUUCGUACUUAAUAUGUUGUCGUUUUUCACAAGUUGGGCAUAGGUCACGUGGAUAGAGACAUGUAUUCAAAUAUAAGCGAAAAAUGUAAACUGCCACACUUUCUUACAGCAUAUGAAAUUAAUUGUCUUGACGUGAACUGAUCACUGAAGUUGUUCGAAUACUUAUAGCAGCAUGAUUGUGAUUUAUUGUAACAAAGAGCUAAGUAUUUUGCGGUUUUUUCUUCUCUUAGGAGUAAGUUGCAUUUUCUAAUUUAAUUAACAUGGUUUUUAAUUAUCUAUAUUUCUUUUCAUA